GAGCACUAGGUUGUUAGACUGCAGGAACGGAGCAAUGCCUAAAUCAAAGGAACUUGUUUCUUCAAGCUCUUCUGGCAGCGAUUCUGACAGUGAAGUUGACAAAAAGUUAAAGAGGAAAAAGCAAGUUACUCCAGAAAAACCUGUAAAGAAGCAAAAAACUGGUGAAACUUCAAGAGCCCUGGCAUCUUCUAAGCAGAGUAGCAGCAGCAGAGAUGAUAACAUGUUUCAGAUUGGAAAGAUGAGGUAUGUCAGCGUUCGAGACUUUAAAGGGAAAGUCCUAAUUGAUAUUAGAGAAUAUUGGAUGGAUCCAGAAGGUGAAAUGAAACCAGGAAGAAAAGGUAUUUCUUUAAAUCCUGAGCAGUGGAGCCAGCUGAAGGAACAGAUUUCUGACAUUGAUGAUGCAGUAAGAAAACUGUAAAAUCAGAGCCAUAUAAAACCUAUACUGUUCUAGUUGUUUUAA